AUGCUUGAGGAAACGGCAGAGUGCAUCCAGGGAAUAGGAGUAGUAGAGUAUUGCAGAAGACAGGAUAUGAAAAACAGUGUCCAGGGCUUCGUAAAGAGGAAAGCUUGUGUUGCACCCCUCACAUUUGAUUCCCAGUUGGAAUCCAAAGAGGCUAUUUCUCCUACACCCACAUCUAUGACAGUAUCACAGAGCAGAGAAGACAAGCCACAUGGUAUUACAAAAACUAAAAGGUAUGUCUCUUUCAAAAAUGAGCCAGAACCCAGAAAGAGUGAUUUUGAGAAGUUAAAUUUAAGAUUACAUGCUGCACCAACAAAAACAAAAAAUCAAGAAAACAAGUCAAUGGAACUACCAGAAGAAAAUCAAAAAUCAGGAUAUGAUAGAUCUUUUCUUUUUCUUAAGGAUACAGAUGAGGUAGACUAUGCUAAGCCCUUACAGUAUCUAUUUUCACCGCAUAAACAAGAAUAUAAAAGAACAUUGGGUUCUACAAUCUCUUCUCCUAUGCCCAGCAUUCAAUCUAAUGCUUACAAGAAGGAAAAAGUUGCUACUUUAUUUAGAGGUCAAACUGAAAAAAACCCUGGGAAAUCAUUUGAUAUGGUUGUUUACUUAGAAGAUCAUGUAAAUAAAAGAAGAAAAUCUCCUCUACAGAUGAAUGAUUUUUGUACAAAAGAAAAUAAAUCUGUCAGAAUUGAUCCAUUAAGUGAGUCUCAUGCAGUAGGAAAGAAAAGCUUGCUCCCCUUAUGCUUUGAGGAUGAAUUGAAAAAGCCAGAUGCCAAGAUAAUCAACAUUAGUCCGGCAAAGACAGUAACUGAUCACCAGGAACAAAAUUCCACAAAUCCCAUAAUUUUUCAUGAGACUAGGCAUGUACAAAUGUUUAUUUUGACAAAAAAUAGGCUGCUGCUCUAUCCUUUGGAAAAUAGAAACAUUGGCCCACACAAAAGAGUACAUUUUGCUUUAGAAAGAGAUGAAGUUAUCAAACCUGGAAUUAAUACUCAAUUUAUUACUUCUACCAAACCUAAAAAAAUCAUGCCUACAGCAUGGAGGAAGAGUAUGCAGGCAAUAUCUUUUGCAGUGUGUCGCAGAGUUGUAGAAGAUAAACUAAAGAAGAAAACUACUAUGCAAACAUCCAAAAACAUAUCUGAGAAAUCCUAUAAUUUCUCAGAGCCUCUUUCCAGCCUAACAAAAAAAUGUGUAGAUUUCCUUGGUAAAACUGUCAUUCAAGAAACGAGUGCUAAAAUUGGCAAAUUUGAAAGAAUGUUGUUCACAGUAACACCAACGAGCAAAUUCAGUGCUUCACCUGUCAAAUGUUGCUCAAAGCCUUUAAAACGCAUAAUCCAAGUCCACAAAUUACCGACUGUAACUCCACUGGAUAAUUUGUUAACCUUUUAA